CCGCGCCCCCGGCCCGAAAUAGCGCGGGGCGGGGUCGGCACCGCCAUGGCGAGGCAACCUGCAAAGACGCUGUGGUACGACCGCCCGCGGUACGUCUUCCUGGAGUUCUGUGUCGAGGACAGCACGGAUGUUAAGGUUGUCAUUGAGGACCAGCGGCUGGUGUUCAGUUGCAAAAAUGCAGAUGGUGUGGAGUUCUACAACGAGAUCAACCUGUAUGCCAGGGUCAACUCCAAGGACUCACAGGAGAAGCGCUCUGACCGCUCCAUCACGUGUUUUAUGAGGAAGUGGAAGGAGAAAGUGGCCUGGCCCCGCAUCACCAAGGAGAACAUCAAGCCAGCCUGGCUCUCCGUGGACUUCGACAACUGGCGAGACUGGGAAGGGGACGAGGAGGUGGAGAGGGCCAUGGUGGAGCAGUACGCAGAGCUCCUGGAGAAGGUGACGGACAAAGGCCCCCCGCCAGCCAUGGACGACCUGGAUUUCGCCACCAGGGUGGUGUCGUGCCGGGCGGCGGAGCUGCGGCCCGAGGGCGGCGGGGAGCCGGUGCGCGGGUUCCAGGUGGUGCUGGAGGACACCAUCCUCUUCCCCGAGGGCGGCGGGCAGCCGGACGACCGCGGCCUCAUCGGCGAUGUGCCGGUGCUGCGCGUGACCCGGCGGGGCCCCGAGGCCAUCCACUUCGUGCAGGCGGCGCUGGAGCCGGGCGCCGAGGUGCUGCUGUCGCUGGACUGGGAGCGCCGCUUCGACCACAUGCAGCAGCAUUCAGGACAGCAUCUCAUCACUGCUGUCGCAGAACAGAUGUUUGGAUUCAAGACGACUUCAUGGGAGCUGGGCCAUCAGCGAAGUCUCAUUGAGCUGGACACCCCCUCCAUGACAGCAGAGCAAAUAGAGGCCCUGGAGAGGAGUGUGAAUGAGAAAAUCCGGGAGAGGGUACCCGUGAUGGUGAGGGAACUGGCUGCAGAUGACCCUGAAAUUGAAACAGUGAGAAGCCGUGGUUUGCCAGAUGACCACGCGGGGCCGGUGCGAGUUGUCGACAUCGAAGGCAUAGACUCCAGCACGUGCUGUGGGACUCAUGUCUCCAACCUGAGUGACUUGCAGGUUAUUAAACUCCUUGGCACAGAAAAAGGGAAAAAGAACAAAACCAACUUGGUUUUCCUGGCAGGAAACAGAGUGCUGAAGUCAAUCGAACAAAGUCACAGUACUGAGAAGGCUCUAACCUCACUGCUCAAAAAUGGACCAGGUGAGCAUGUAGAGGCUGUGAAGAGACUGCAGAGUUCUGUGAAACUGCUUCAGAAGAAUAACUUGAACCUGCUUAGAGACAUUGCUGUUUUGAUAGCCCGGGACUUCAAGAGCAAACCUGUUCAAAGUCAGCUGUUUGUGUUACACAGGAAAGAGGGUGACUCUGAAUUUAUGAAUAUCAUCGCUAAUGAGAUUGGGACAGAGGAAACCCUGCUGUUCCUGACGGUGGGAGAUGAAAAAGAAGCGGGACUCUUUCUUCUAGCCGGACCUGUUGAAGCAGUUGAGAAUUUAGGUCCCAGGGUGGCAGAGCUGCUGGGAGGCAAAGGAGCUGGGAAGCGAGGCCGCUUUCAGGGCAAGGCAACCAAGAUGAGUCGGCGAGGAGAAGUGCAAGCUCUGCUCCAGGAAUUCAUCAGCCGUUGAAGCCCUGAAGUGUAAGAAACAAUUCUGAAAGUAGGGCUGUCUUCCCUGCUUUGCAUAAGCUCCACCAACUUCUCUCCCAGAGAAUAAAGACAUAA